AUGUUGAUGCUGGUGAACUGCUCCAACUGUCAAACCCCGCUGCAGCUUCCUCCCGGCGCCAAAUCGAUAAGAUGCGCCGUAUGCCAAGCCAUCACCCGAAUCGCUGAAUCUCGCGAUAUCGCUCCUUCUCCUUCCCAUAUUUACAGCAAUGCCCCUCCCCAUUUCCCACCUCCCUCCCCUUACAACCACGCCCCUCGGGGCCCUCCCCCGGCCGUACACGGCCGCAAGAAGGCCGUGAUCUGCGGCAUAUCGUACCGGUACUCCCGGCACGAGCUCAAGGGCUGCAUCAACGACGCCAAGUGCAUGCGCCACCUCCUCGUCAACCGUUUCAAGUUCCCGGAAUCAUCCAUCAUCAUGCUCACUGAAGAAGAAACUGAUCCAUUCAGGAUCCCAACAAAACACAACCUGCGGAUGGCAUUAUUUUGGCUCAUACAAGGUUGUCAACCUGGAGAUUCAUUAGUAUUCCACUAUUCUGGCCAUGGAUCAAAUCAGCGGAACUAUAAUGGAGAUGAAGUCGAUGGAUAUGAUGAAACUCUUUGUCCGUUGGACUUUGAAACACACGGUAUGAUUGUCGAUGAUGAAAUCAAUGCAACAAUUGUCCGACCGCUCCCUCUUGGGGCGAGGCUUCAUGCAAUUAUAGAUGCUUGCCACAGUGGCACCGUACUAGAUUUACCAUUUCUCUGCAGAAUGAACAGAACUGGACAGUAUGUAUGGGAGGACCAUCGCCCUCGAUCGGGUGCAUGGAAGGGAACUAGUGGAGGGGAGGCCAUCUCAUUUAGUGGAUGUGAUGAUGAUCAGACCUCUGCCGAUACCUCGGCAUUAUCGAGGGUCACUUCAACAGGUGCCAUGACCUUUUGUUUCAUCCAGGCAAUUGAGCGUGGAAAUGGAGCUACAUAUGGGAGCAUACUGAAUGCCAUGCGAACCACCAUCCGCAAUGCGGGUGAUGAAAUGGGAGGUGGCAUAGUGACAUCACUUCUCACCAUGCUUUUAACAGGAGGCAGUGGUGGUGGUGGGUUGAGACAGGAGCCACAACUGACAUCCUGUGAGACUUUUGAUGUGUAUUCAAAGCCAUUCUCCUUGUGAUUUAUAUUCUCUCUGGCUCUCUCUCUCAUGGCUUUCCUACGGCUUGGCCUGCAUCGUGAUGUACGGUCCCAUAGAGUUGCAGUUGGGGCCUACUUGGGUAGGAAAG